AUGAACAAUACGGCCUGUGGAAAAGUGGUCUCCGCCUCCUGGCUCAGCGGGGUCCACAUCUUCCAGAACGUACUGAGGAUGCCGGCCACCAAGUGUCGGGCCAAAGCCUUAUUAUCCACCUACCUGCCUCACCUCACAGUCGUCACCAUCUUCCACUCUAUGACCUUCAUCUCCUACCUCAAGCCCGUUUCAGACACCUCCUCAGUUCUGGACCUGCUUGUGUCCGUGACCUACACCCUGAGCAGUGCCACUCAGCUCUUCCUGGUAGUCCUGUUUGCUGCCUCGGAGUUUUUCAUCCUCAUGGCCAUGUCCUUCGACUGCUAUGCCGCUAUCUGUCUCCCCGUGACCUAUGAGUUCCUCAUGAAACCAAGGGCUUCUGGGAAGAUGGUUGAUGCCUCCUGGCUCAGAGGAGGGCUGUUAGGGAUUUUAUUUUCAGCUUUGAUCUUCUCCUUGCCCUUCUGCGGAUCCAACGUUGUCCAGCAUUUCUUAUGUGACGUCCUGCCCCCGAUGAAGAUCAUCUGCUCUGAUCACUCCGCCAUCGACGUGAUCAUGACCUUUGGGAUAACCAUAAGCAUAUUUGGUUAUCUCAAGCCGCCUUCACACUCUUCCUCGAUGUUCGACCUGCUGAUGUCCGUGUUCUAUGUCCGCCAUCAUGCCCCGGCCCUGAAAUUCCUCAUCUACAGCCUGCGGAACCAGGACAUGAACGCUGCUCUGUGA